AGGCUUUAUUGGCUUGGGGGUUGAGAAGGAAAGAUGGAGCUAGGGCAAUUCGUGGUUGGAAGACCCAGCGAGAAAACUCUGACUUCUUGAAAGAAAAACACCUUUGGCCGACUUUAUUUGCAGAACUUUCACCGAGUGGGCAGUCUUAUCUUGAGGCUUAUGUAUUGGUUGUAUCUGCCACCCAUCACCGCCUUAUGGGUUCCCUGGCAGCAGAAACCGUUUGCCUUCACAGGUGUUCACUGUGCUAUUCACAGUACUUGACACUGAGUAGAAGUUCAUUUUACUUGGAAAUGAACCCGAAUUCCUCCACCUUUCACAUUCUAGUUCCACCACUUGUAAGGCGUUCCUUGAGGAUACUGUGCUUCACUUACCUAAUCUGCUAAAUGGAGAUGAAUAGACCAACUAAUACAUAGGUUAUCUUGCUAAGUUGAUGUAAGUUAAUAGGCGUAAAGGGUUUAGAACUUAGUGCUCAACCAAAGUGGUUUGUUAGUGAUAUUCCCCAGAGGCAUAUGCUUAUUGAGGUUUGGACUCUUGGACUGUUCUGCCUUUAAAUCUGAGAUCUCCCAUCUAUUACCUGUGUGUGAUAGGGCAAAUUCCAAACCUCUGAACCUCGAGAUCUAACUGCUUUUGUCAAGUUGGAAUAAUUGUACUCACGUAAAGCUCCCCAGCAGUUAGUUUUGACCUGAUUUUUUUCUCUUCAUUCCAACAGACUAUAGUCUAUUAAGUGAAGUGCAUCACUUAACUAAGAAUGUGCCAAAGACUGUACCAGGAGUUAGUGAUCCAAAGAUAAUAACAGUAGCUGACAACCCAGGAGUACUUUAAGAACCAUACGGCAUCCCAAAGCAAGAACCUAAGCUAUAUUCUAUAAAUAGUAAUUGUUUCUAGGCCCUCAGUUUUAUUCUCAGUAAAAUGGGAAAGAUAAUACAUAUCUCAGAUUGUGACAAGAAGUGAAUGAAAUAAAACUCGUAAAGCGUGUGAGACUGCCUGGCACAUCACAGAUGUUCAGUGCCAUGAUUUAAUUUUUUAAAUUUAAGUUGAAAAAUAAAAAAAAUGAACUAGAGAUCUAACGUUAUUACCAAUAAAAAAAAACGUUAAACUAAAGACAAACUUUUAAAUGUGGAAGAUAACUGCCUCGAAAAUCUUGGGGAGACGCCUUUGCAAAAACAUGCUAAGCCAAGCGACCCCAGAAUGUACCUGGAGUUCAGGAGGGUGCCUUUAUUCUGCCGAAAACUACAUUUCCCAGAAUGCAUCUAAACAAGACCUCGGGAAAGGAGCGCUGCGCUGCCGCAAGGGAUUAUGGAAGGCGUGGAUUCCCAGCGGGGAAAGUGAGUUUCACCUGCCAAGGGCGGGAGAAUGUUUGGAGACCGCCUUUCGCACCGACCCGGCCAGCGCUAGUGAGCGACCAAUCACCGAGCCAGCCCUCUGGAAGGUCUGAAAAGCGGCGAAUCAGAACGCAGAGGCUUCAGCCUUCACGGGCGCGCGGUAAUUUGAAUACAGUGGAGAAGACACUGGCUCCGCUGGAGAGAGGUCGCCGGCUCUGAGGUUCAGGAGUUCAGUUAAGAAGAUGUCAGCUUUUACUCCAAGAAAAAAGAAGCAGCGUUCUUUGAGCUGUGACAACCUAUUAUCAGACAUCCCAUCAAAGAAAUUAAUUUUGGACUUUGCUGAAAACGUAUUUCCAUCACCUGAUCAAAAAUACAUUUCCCAAAGCAGUGAUAACAAUGAAGAAAAGGUACUUUGCUCUCAGCAAGGCCAUUUCAUUUCAAGUCCACUCAAAACAACUGAAAAAUCCAGAUUGGCAUCUGCAAAUCAAGGUUCACCAUUUAAAUCUGCUGUGUCUACUGUAUCCUUUUACAACAAAGAUCAGUGGUAUCUGAAUCCGUUAGAAAGAAAGCUGAUAAAAGAGAGUAGAUCCAUUUGUCUAAAAACUAAUAAUGAAGAUAAAUCUUUUCCCAUUGUGACAGUCUGCUCCAAGAAGAUAAACAAAAAGCCACAAAAGUGUUUAACUUCUAAAUAUCAACCAAAACAUAAAUGUAUCAGGCCUGUAUCAAAGAAUUCUAAAAAAUCCAAGCAAAAUCGAGUGGCCUAUAAACCAGUUGUGGAGAAAGAGAAUAAUUAUUACUCAGCUCAAAAUAAUCUGAAUGCUCCUCGGGUUCUAAGCCAAAAAGUCAAACCACAAGUUACACUCCAGGGUGGAGCGGCCUUUUUUGUUAGGAAAAAGUCCUGUCUUAGAAAAUUGUCUUCAGAAAACAAGCCAUUACUGGAACUCACGCAAAAGAAUCCAUCAGAAGUGAUUGAAGAUUCUGAUGUAGAGACUGUCCGUAAAAGAAAAGGUUUUGAGAAAAGGCAAGUGCCAAAGUGCUUGUUACUAGAAAAGGAACCGAAUGUUGAACUGCUUUGUGCAAGAAGUAAAAAUGGAGAGAAAUCAAUAAAGGAUUCAUCAGGUGGAGUAGUUUCCUCAAGAGAAUGUAAACCUAAUGAAAAUAAAUGUUUUCCUUCAGAAGAUUCUCUCAGUGAAAACAAGGCGGUUUCUCCUGAUUCUGUUGUCUACCCGAUCUUCAGUGUGUCUUCAGUCAAUACAAAAAGAUCUUUAGUUGAACGGUCUUCUGUGGGAUCCAUCAUAUCUGCUAACCUCUUGAAACAGAUCAAUACACAGAAAAGUACUAAUACUAGAGAUACAAAUAAAGAAACAAAAGACCAGCUCAUCAUUGACGCAGGUCAGAAACAUUUUGGAGCCACCAUGUGUAAGUCCUGUGGCAUGAUCUACACCGCAUCCAACCCUGAGGAUGAAAUGCAACAUGUCCAGCAUCACCACAGAUUUCUGGAGGGGAUCAAAUAUACAGGCUGGAAAAAAGAACGUAUAGUAGCACAGUUUUGGGAUGGGAAAAUUUUGUUGGUCCUGCCACAUGAUCCGAGUUAUGCUAUCAGAAAGGUAGAAGAUGUCCAGGAACUUGUUGAUAAUGAAUUGGGCUUCCACCAAGUUGUUCCCAGAUGUCCAAACAAAACCAAGACUCUUCUCUUCAUAUCUGAUGAAAAGAGAGUAGUUGGGUGUUUAAUUGCAGAGCCCAUCAAACAGGCCUUCCGUGUCCUGUCCGAACCAACGGGUCCAAGCUCUAAAGAAUGUCAUCGGGCUUGGCAAUGUUCAGAUGUACCAGAACCUGCAGUCUGUGGAAUAAGUAGAAUCUGGGUCUUCAGACUGAAACGAAGAAAGCGCAUUGCAAGACGACUGGUGGAUACUCUCAGGAAUUGCUUCAUGUUUGGCUGUUUUCUCAAGACUGAUGAAAUAGCAUUUUCUGACCCAACACCAGAUGGCAAAUUAUUUGCAACCAAAUACUGCAACACCCCUAAUUUCCUUGUAUAUAAUUUUAAUAGUUAAAGCCAGUCUCUACUAUAGAACAGUUACUGUGUGGACGAUUUCAGACAGCCCCAUAUCCUAUAAUAGGAACUAUUUAAUAGAUACCAAAAUAAAAAUACUAAGACACACAUAUAUACACAUAAUCCUGUAUUAGUUUUAUUUCUUAUGAAUCAAAAAGUGAGGGAUAAAUUUGUUGAAAAGUAUCUGGGGACUCAAAAAAAGGAAAAGUCUUUGGAUAAUAUAUACUGACUAGCAUUGGAAUCCUUAAUUAUGAAACUUGAUAGCUCUAACUGGAAAAUGACAUGCCUCCUUCAUCAAAACAUUGACAAAGCAAGGUGGUUUCCACAGAAAUGUGACCAUUUCUCUCUUAUGAAGCACACUUUUGCACAGGGAUUACCUCAUGCCCCAUCAGAAGCAAAUAAAAUUUAAAGAUAGGCAAAUAAUUUCCAUGCCCAAUCUUUAAUGGUAAUUCCCAAGUUCUGUACACAAAAUUUUUAGUUUAUAGGUAUUGGCUGUAGCAACUGAGUUUCAAAAUAUUUAGAAAGUGUUUCGAAUUUUUAAUUUGUAAUAGGGCUUUCCCAUCUUUAUGGUAAAUAAAGAAUGAGCAAAAUUUCCAUAUCCUUUGAUGUAGAACAGAAUUCUGUAGCUUAAUGUUUUAAUCUUUUUGCAAAUCAUAUCAAUCAAGACAUACUUGUCAUCAGAUCCAAUUAAAAUUAACCGUAGUAAUUGCACUAUUGUCAUUUCAUUCAUUUCAGUGUGAAAAUGCUAACUGUACUAAUCUUUAGUACACUUGUUACUGGGGAUUGAUGUCAUUAACACAAUAGAUGCCCAUUUCGUUUAGAUGAUUCAUAUGGUUACAUUUUUAAUAUUUUUGCAUGUUUAAAAUACAUCUUGUUCUGAGACAUCUGGCGAAGGUGGUGACAAAAUGAAUAGUAAUAUAACUAUUACUAUUUUAUAGUAAUAUAACUGAGGUUAGUAAAUGAAUAUAUCUAGGCCGGAGAACUUGUGAUAACAUUAUGUAAAUACACCUCCAUAUGCACACAUUUUUCUAGUAUAAUUCUUGGAUACUUUCUUUGAAGAGCAAAGAAUUACUCAUAUUGUUUUGAUUCUAAAAAUCACUUAACUGCUGUCUGGUGGUAAGAUGCUAGGGAAGUAGUUUUCCAGGUUAUAACUCGGUAGAAUCUGUUCACGUGCAUUCUUUUAUUUGCCUGUAAGGUAACAUGUUUCCAAAAUUUAAAAGCCUGCAUUCCAGAAAGAAUAUGGAAGUGUUAAGAUGUAAUUUUGCAAACAUUUUAAUGCUGUUUUCUGCACUGCUGUUUUUUGUUUUAAAUAUUUUAUUUAAAAAUUUUUAUUAACAUUAUUUUGCUUGCUCAGUGCUUUUGUGAUGAAUCAAUUAAAAUUCUUCUCAAUA